AUGUAUGCAGGCCACGCAUCUGAGGAGGAGGAAGAGGAGGAGGAGGAGAACACCAAGGCCAACGAGAAGGAGGUCAAGGCCAAAGCUGUCGAAGAUGAUGAUGAGGGCAGCCCACCCGUUGAAAACAUCCAGCCGGAGGCAGCCCCCGACAAUGGCACAGAGCCUGGACCCAGCGGGGACAACAGGGACGCUGGGGCUGGGGCUGCUCUGCCAGCUGUUCACCAGGGCAUGUGGCAGGCCCUGCUGGACGACAAUGACAAAGAGCUGCAACACUACACAGCUGCUGACGGGCACCUUGCAUACCUGCAAGAAUGUGACCUCGUGGGGAAGACCAAGGGCUGCUUCCUUGUUGGAGCAUGUAAGAAGAAGGACAUCAAGCCCGAGGCUUUGGGGGCUGGAUUACUAUUGGGCGACCUGGAUGACGAGACCGCUGACGGCUGCACUGAUCUCCUGGUGAUUGGCCGCGCCAUGGCAGUCAUCAAGGACCUUGGCACUGUGCACAUUCCCCCGACUGGCCAGUCCUUUGCACUAAACGACCGGCCACUCCGCCUCUUCCAGAAGGUGCGAUGGCCCAUUGUGGGAUUGCUCGCAGUCAAGGGCAAGAUGACCGCAGUCCAGUGGGCCAUGAGGACCACUGGGCUGAGCAAGAAGCAGUUGGAUGCGGUGGACUUGGAGUGAUACACGCCCUGUUAGGAACCACCUUAGGUGUGGGAAGUGUAGGCGGUGUGUGGGGCUGUACUUGGCUAUUGGGCUGUCCUGUCCAUGCGCCUUGUUGCGAGCCCCUCAGCAUAGGCCUUGUGAUCGCGUUCAGGGAUCCAUCAUAACACUCAUUCAUUUGGUAUGCUGCAGUACCAUAUGCAGUUCCAGCAUGGAUUGAGCGUGUGAUUGUAGAUAUGUUGUAGGUAUAAGUGCUGGCAUGGUGGACCUGGACCUCAUAUGUGUGUCUGCCCGAAUGGGAAAGUGGUCUGCUGUGAGAAUCGGGCUCUAGUGAGAUGGUGGCCCUAGGUUUUUGUUGGGCAUACCUCUGUUUGAAGGCGCCCUUAAGAACGGUUUAAGAAUGCUGGGGGACGGAAUGCUUGAGAACACUGUAACAACGCUUGAGAACGCUGCAAGAAUACUUGAGAAUCCUGUGAGAACGCUUGAGAAUGCUGUAAGAACCGCUUAAGAAUGGUGAGAGAACGCUGUAAGAACGCUGUAAGAACGCUU